CUGUUAGGCAGGUGUCUUCCGUCCCCACUGCUCUUGACCUGCGGAGUGUGGUCUGCCCCAGCUCCUCGAAUGGAAGCAUCAUCCUGAAGUGAGUGGAAGGGCUGGAGGAAGGACGCGGAGUGGAAACAAGCUAACUUUCCAGGACCUGCACUGUACAAGAAUGAGUAUUUCUUCCAGCAUUCUAUAACUAGAGUAUCCAGGUCAGUGCAGACUUGAUCAUGGGAGCCAACACUUCAAGCAAAGCACCAGUGUUUGAUGAAAAUGAGGACGUCAGCUUCGAUCACUUUGAAAUUCUGCGGGCCAUCGGGAAGGGCAGCUUUGGCAAGGUCUGCAUCGUGCAGAAGAAUGAUACCAAGAAGAUGUAUGCCAUGAAAUACAUGAAUAAGCAGAAGUGUGUGGAGCGCAAUGAAGUGAGGAAUGUCUUCAAGGAACUCCAGAUCAUGCAGGGCCUGGAGCACCCUUUCCUGGUGAAUCUGUGGUAUUCCUUCCAAGAUGAAGAGGACAUGUUCAUGGUGGUGGAUCUGCUACUUGGUGGGGACCUGCGUUAUCACCUGCAGCAAAAUGUCCACUUUCAGGAAGACACAGUGAAGCUCUUCAUUUGUGAGCUGGCCAUGGCCCUGGACUACCUGCAGAGCCAGCGCAUCAUCCACAGGGAUAUGAAACCUGACAAUAUUUUACUGGAUGAACAUGGGCAUGUGCACAUCACAGACUUCAACAUUGCUGCUCUGCUGCCCAAGGAGACUCGGAUUACCACUGUAGCUGGCACCAAGCCUUACAUGGCUCCUGAGAUGUUCGGCUCCAGGAAGGAAACAGGCUACUCCUUCGCUGUUGACUGGUGGUCCCUGGGGGUGACAGCUUACGAGCUGCUAAGAGGCCGGAGACCAUACCAUAUCCGCUCCAGUACUUCCAGCAAGGAAAUUGUGAACAUGUUUGAGACGGCAAUUGUAACUUACCCUUCUGCUUGGUCACAAGAGAUGGUAUCCCUUCUGAAAAAGCUACUUGAACCUAAUCCAGACCAACGAUUUUCCCACUUGACUGACAUUCAGAGUUUCCCUUACAUGAGUGACAUGAACUGGGAUGCAGUGCUUCAGAAGAGGCUCAUUCCAGGCUUCGUUCCAACUAAAGGCAGGCUCAAUUGUGACCCUACUUUUGAACUGGAAGAAAUGAUUUUGGAAUCCAAACCUCUUCAUAAGAAAAAGAAGCGCCUGGCCAAAAAAGAGAAGGAGAUGAGGAAAUGCGACUCCUCUCAGACCUGUCUUCUUCAAGAGCACCUUGAUGCCGUUCAGAAGGAAUUUAUCAUUUUCAACAGAGAAAAAGUAAAAAGAGACUUUAAUCAAAGACAAGCAAAUCUAGCCUUGGAACAAGCCAAAAACAACCCAGAAGAAGAAAAUGGCCAGAAUAACAAUCUGUGAAGCUUCGUCAUCUUCGGGGGACAGUUCUCGGCACCUGGCCAGAAACUUCUCCUUAUUGCAUCCAGAAGAGCUAACAGCAGUCCUUACCUCUCCACACCUCAUGACUUAGAGAAUGUGAAUGAAUAUCCUUCCAAGGUGGCAACACUCUACAGUGAAGGGAGCCCUGGUUCUGAGCUCCUCAGAUCUGACUGCUCCACAUUGAGCCUGUGACCUUAAGCCAGUCAUUGAACAGUCAUUGAACUUCCUCCUCUGUUUUAGGUCACUGCUGGAAGGUAGAGAGUU